AUGGAUAUGGGUCAGCUGAGUACAUUUAUGAUGAGGGUAGAAAUGCAACUUUCAGGAAUAAAUCAAAAGCUGGAGCGCCUUGAUGCCAUGGAUAUAAAAAUAAAGAACCUGGAAACAAUGGUAGGAUCUAAUGAUUCCAAGUUAAAUUCACUCGGACUCCAAAUGCAUGAAAACUUUAAAUCUACCAGUGAUCAAUUACGUACGCUUCAAGACAAUAUUGACAACAACAGUUUUAAUGUUGGAAUCGCAUCGGAUAAGAUAAGCCGACUGGAAGAUGAACUGGCAAGACAGCGUGAUAUUGUUCUAGAUCUACAAUCUCGCUCUAUGAGGGAUAACCUGCUCAUUGUGGGUGUGGGAGAGGAGAGGCGGAAGAAGAAGAAAGAGGAUGGUACAGAUGGAGAAGAGGACGAGGAGGAAGAUACGCAAGAAGUUGUCAGAAAUCUCUUCAAGGAAAAGCUGCAGAUAGCGGAAGGAAUAGUUCAGAGCAUGACUUUUGGCAGGGUUCACAGGGUUUACAACUUCAGAAAUAGACAGCCGCGUACUAUAGUGGUUAACUUUAAAAACCAUAGAGACAGGGAUCUUGUUAAGAUAUGCGCAAACAAGCUGAAAAGACCACGGAUGUAUAUAAAUGAACAAUACCCGCCCGAAAUCAACGAACAGAGACGACAACUUUUAUAA